GUAGACAAUAUAUUGCGGCCAUACACAAACAAAGAUGGCGUCUGCAAUGAGAGUUUUUCUUUCAAGGAGAAAUUGUUAUAAUUUAGUAAGGAUAGCUCAAAGACAUUCGCGAUUGAGCACAAAUUAUACACAAAGAUGUUUUGCUUCGACUAAAGAAACGAAGGAGUCUUUAAUAGUCACUGAAGCUGAUAGAAAUCCUUUAAAAGAAGAUGAGCGAGAUUGGAUAUCAUACGGUUAUGAUUUGACAAGCAAAGAUACGGACAAUUCGAUGCAUCAUCUUACGAUGCUUGCCUUCAUCACCCUAGGAUUAAUCGGCACCGGUUUUGUUUUAAUGUAUAAUCCAGACUAUAGAAAGCACCAUUGGGCGCGAGCUGAAGCAUACCUAGAAUUACACCGACGGGAAAAAGAAGGUCUACCCUUAGUUGAUCCCAACCUCGUUGAUCCAUCUACUAUCAAUUUGCCCAGUGAUGAAGAGUUGGGUGACUAUGAAAUUAUAGCUGCUAUUAACCUUGAUUGGCAUUUUACCAAUGAAAAAGACUUGCUAAAACGAUAUCAAAUAGCAAAUAAUUGGGGAUUUACAGCAGUGGAAACUGCAAAUCCGUAUGUUAUCGAUGCCGAACAGAUUUCUGAUACCCUAUCAGAGUGUGCCUUGAAACAGGUGCUCAUAAAUUCGCGAGAUUCCAUAGCAUGUAGGCCUGAAAAGAGGAAAGAGUUUGAAGAGAAUGUGGAACAAUCUAUACGAUAUGCCAAAAUUCUAAAAUGCGAGAGAAUUCAUAUGCAAUCUGGAAAAAUUGCAGACAACGAUAAUCUGAAAGUUCUAGAAGAAACUUAUUUGUCAAACAUUGAAUACGCAGCCAAAUCGUUUAAAAAAGUAUUAUAA